CCUGUGUGAGAGGAAGUGUGCCCUUCCUGCCAGGGGAGGGUCCCGGAUUAACUCGGCUCUGUCUGCUUCACAGCAAACACUCAGCUGUUAACUGCUGCUGAAGGAUAUGUUGCUGCCCAGUGGUUUAUUUUGCCAGACUGCUGUGGCGAGCAAGAAGAAAAGAUAUUUUUUCCUUCAGUUUCUACGUGGAUGGGGGAAGAAAGAAUGCUAACUUCAUUAGAGCUGUUGGUUUCCUGCUGUGGGGAGAGAAAAAACUAAUAACAGAGGCAGAAAGAAAAGGAGCUUGUGUCAGGCUAAUUGGUCUGAGAGAUGCACAAGGUCUGAUGCAGCAUGUUCAUUGGAGCAAGACAUCUUGAGGCAGAGACGGGAUUUGUGCCGAGCGUUCAAGACUUUGACAAGAAGCUAGCUGAAGCGGACGCCUACCUGCAGAUUCUUAUUGACCAAUUGAAGCUAUUUGAUGAGAAGAUCAAGGACUGCAAAGAGGAUGAAUCACGAAGAAAAAUAGAAAAUCUGAAAGAGACUACUUGUAAUAUGGUAGAGUCCAUCAAGCAUUGUAUUGUACUGCUACAAAUUGCCAAGGACCAAAGUAACGAACAGCAACACGCAAACGGACUUAUAAGCACUAUCAACCCAGUGGAUGGGAUCUACCAGCCCCCCCUGGUCACCAGUGUAGCCAACACCACAAUGCCAACACAGACCACACUACCCACAGACGCUUCUCAGGUGUGUAAACCAGACCAACGACCCUCCACGUUACCAGUUGGUCCUGUCGUCACAGUGAUGGGAAGUCUACAAACCCCAACUCCCAACAGCACAGGGAGUGGCCCCUCAGGCCCCAGCAGUGGCAUUGCCUCCCCGGCUCACAUCCCUCUGCCGUCACACUCAGUGCCAGAAUUCUCCUACUCUUCCAGUGAGGAUGAGUUUUAUGAUGCUGAUGAGUUUUACCAGAGCAGCACUUCGCCCAAACACUGCAUAAACCCCUCGGGGCCUCCUGCUGCCUCUCCCAGUGCUAACGAAGAAACAACGUUGAAACGGCCUGACACAACAGAGUCUCUCAACUCGUCUAUGUCCAAUGGCACCACAGAUGCAGAUCAGUUUGAUAGCCAUGACGACCGUGAUGAUGAUGGUGAGGGGGAGUCUGUGGAAGAGCACAAGAGCGUCAUUAUGCAUCUGCUCUCCCAAGUUCGUUUGGGAAUGGACCUCACAAAGGUGGUCCUACCCACCUUCAUCCUAGAGAGGAGAUCUUUGUUAGAAAUGUAUGCUGACUUUUUUGCACAUCCCGACUUAUUUGUAAGCAUUGCUGAGCAGCCAGAGCCGAGAGAGCGCAUGGUUCAGGUGGUAAAAUGGUACCUGUCAGCUUUCCAUGCAGGGAGGAAAGGCUCAGUGGCCAAGAAACCGUAUAACCCGAUCCUGGGUGAAGUCUUCUACUGUCACUGGGAUCUUCCCGGCGAGAUAGAAGAACCCUCCCCACCUACGGAAACGGUAUCAGAUGGUCCACUUCCAUGGUCUUCCCCUAACAGUGUGUGUUUUGUGGCAGAGCAGGUCUCUCACCACCCACCCAUUUCUGCAUUCUACGCAGAGUGUUUGAACAAGAAGAUCCAGUUCAACGCUCACAUUUGGACUAAGUCAAAGUUUCUUGGCAUGUCUAUAGGUGUCCACAACAUUGGUCAAGGUUGUGUAUCAUGUUUGGAGCAUGAUGAACAUUACAUUCUCACUUUCCCUAAUGGAUAUGGCAGGUCUAUUCUUACCGUACCGUGGGUGGAGUUGGGUGGGGAGUGCAACAUCUCCUGCUCAAAGUCGGGCUACAGUGCUAACAUCGUAUUUCACACCAAACCUUUCUACGGCGGAAAGAAGCACAGGAUCACAGCUGAAGUUUUUGCACCGAAUGACAAGAAGUCUUUCUGUUCCAUUGAGGGAGAAUGGAAUGGAGUGAUGUAUGCCAAGUCGGCAUCUGGGGAGAACACCAUGUUCAUAGACACGAAGAGGUUGGGCAUCAUUAAGAAGAAAGUGAGGAAGCUGGAGGACCAGCUUGAUUAUGAGUCCCGAAGACUAUGGAGAGAUGUGACGCUGAACCUGAAGCUAAGAGACAUUGAUGCAGCAACAGACGCCAAACACAGGUUGGAGGAGAAACAAAGAGCUGAAGCCAGAGAGAGGAAGGAGAAGGAGCAGCACUGGGAGACCAGGCUAUUCCAUGAGGACGGGGAAUGCUGGAUCUAUGAUGAGCCCCUAUUAAAGAGAUUAGCCCCACAGAGGCACUGAGCAGACCACCCCACCCCAAAAUAAACACGUAUACAUAUGCAUAAAGAAAUGCACACAUACAAGAGUCUUCAUAAGAACUCUUUUGCAAAACCACUUGUUAUCCAAGCCUUGGAAUUACUGAUGAUUGAAUAUGUACACUGCUUUGCAUUUGACUUUAAAACAAUAUGGAAAUGAAUGAAAGCAUCUAAGAUGUAACAUGAAUAUUAGUAAAGCUCCUCUCCUUAUUUGGGCAAUCUUUGCUCCACCGCCACCGAUACCGGCCACCUGCCAACAGGAGACUCGGCAGCACAGAGUGGAAAUGCUAGAGUUGACGAGCAGCGUGUCUCCUGGCUUUGUGUAACAGGCCCACAAAUGCCCUCCAACAGCUCCACAGGACAGUCCAGAGCAUCACUUGUUCCCUUACAUACAUGAUUUUUUUGUCCUGGGUGGGUGGGGCUGGGGAGCAAGAGCUCUGUGGUUGACUGUUCAGUUCAAGUGAGUCUUGAAAAAUAAAACAGCGCUCUACAUCUCAGGGAAUCUGGUGACUGAGGAAAGAAAGCUGCUGCCCACUCCCAGAGUCUGACAGCCUUACAAUGGUGGAGCGGAUGAAUCUUAAAUGGGCGGGAGAGAUGUUCUCUGCUUGCCUGCAACUAGAUAUAACUGAUGUUUAUAUAUAAAUUAUGAUAUGAUUUUUAUAUAUAUGUGUGUGUGUAAGAAAUAUAUAUAUAUUACACACACACAUAUAUAUAAAAUGUUUUCUUUUUUUACUUUUAAUGCUUUUGUUUUGGCAAUAGUGUAAAAUAAUUGAGGAUAUGACCUUGAUGGCUUUACAUCUUUAGGAAAUUAGAAGUCAUUCCAUUUAGCCUUUUGAUGUUUUGUUUCCAUCUCAGAGUUAACUUUGCCACCUAUUACAGUCACUCAAACUGUUUUGCAUCUCAAGUGUUAUCCAAAAGUAAAGACCUAUGUAAGCCAUGGCAUCUAAACACACUGAUCGGAAGAGAUGAGAUGGGUUUAAAGAUGAUAUAGGUCUCAAAUCAAAGUUUCAACACGAUUUAUGCCAAAAAGGUUCAGAGGGAAAGGAUACGUUAAUUUUCAUCUGGACAUAGAACAAAUAGUCCUUUGAUGAGGAUUUAUGUCACCUGAAGACAUUUAUGAACAAAAUGAUUGUUUACAUGUUUUUGUGUAUCUGCACAGCUGGUCCAUCACGAGGACGUGAGGCUAAAGCAUCGUCUGUAAAACCUACCUUUGAUUCUGUACAUGACCUGUCCUUGUUUAGAUUUUUGUUUCGGUGGAUUAUGACCAACCAGAGUAGACCUUCUGAAUCACUGCUGUGGCUUCAGAGAGCUGCUAAAGUCCAAACUUUGUUCAACUGAUUCAAGUCUUAUUGUUUCUAUUUAUUUAUAUAUACAUAUAUAUGCAUGUAUGUAUAUAUAUGUGUAUAUAUAUGUAUAUAUAUAAUCAUUAAGAACCACACAAAGGGCAGUAUCUACCCUGUUGUACUUGCCUUUUAUUGCUUUUGGGUUUUUUUGUUAGUUUUUUUUGUUGUUUUUUAUUUUUACCAAUAUUCAUUUUCAUAUUCACAUUAACAGCUUACAGUUUGGAUCUAAAUGCAAUGAGAUUUGGAUAUAGAGAGUAAUAAAAAAACGUGAAAAACUGCACCUGGAAACGCUGAAGCAAGUUCAAAACUCUUGUCUGUGUGUUUAAGAUUUGAUUAUUUUUAAAUCGGCUAUUCUGUACAGCUAGAGAAUUGAUUAGAAUAGAGUAGUCCUAUUGAUUUAUUUGAUUUGGUGAUGGGAUCUAAAAAGAUAAACAUACUGCUGGUGCUGUAUAUGAAUCCAGUGGCAUACUUUUUGAAAAUUUCAACUGGUUGUAGCUGUAAACUUUAAUCUUCCUGUGAACACAAACAAUAAUGCCUUUGGAAAUGAGCCAAAUGGAAUAAGAGUUCAAACUAAAUUGAUGCUUUGACCUUGUGCUUUUUUCCUCUUGUGUUCUGUCUUUGUAAAACAUAUUGAAUAGAGGCCUUGCCAUCCAUUUCAGUUUGCUCAAUAUUUAAUGAUGGAGAGCAACCAAAUGUUUUCUUUUUUUUUUCUUCUCAUCAUAGCCAUUGAUUGUAUCAGAUUCUCCUGUCAAUUGAUGCAUAAUAUUAAAUCUUCAUGACUUUA